GAGACUAACUUACACUUAAGAUAUGUUUUAAGAAAAGGCUUGUCCUUUGACAAAGAAUUCAGUUAAAGCGACAGCUGUACAACAACAAAAAGAAACUAAUAUUUGUUAUAAUUUGUUAAAUUGAUUUAAUAAAUUGGACGUAUUCUUUAAUCAACAAGAUGAAAAGCACAACUUUAUUCAACUUAUCACACUAACAAUACUCAAAUGACAGAGAUGUUCACAAUCAAAACAAUAUAUGCAGGAAGUUACAAUUGAAGUUAUCGAGUUAAGUCAGACUCUAUACAAUAUACAUAGACCAGUGCAUGAUUAGCGAGUGUAGUGAAUUUAACCUUGAUCGAGGAUUGAAGCCAAAAAUCUUUUUCCACUUAUAACAAUUCAUCAUAGAGACAAAAGAUUGAAAUUGAAAAAAAAAAGGAAAACUCUACCGUAAAUAAAAGAUUUUUGCACUAAAAUGCAAGAAAAUGGGUGAAAACAUGGUGACGCCACUUACUAUUCAAAAGGAAUUGACAGACAAUCACAUUGUGCUUCAAGAUUCUAAACCCGUUUCGCAUUCACAUGCAGAAUGUACAUCUACUUGGUAUCGAAAAGCUGCCUAUAUAGUUUCUUCCGUACUGAACACAUGUUUAAUGAAAAAUGUAGAUUUAAUUGUUAUAGAAGUUUGUACAGCAAUGACAUUUAAGCUUUUACAUUGGCUGCAAGAUUUUAUCACGAUUCUUGAUAUAGAAAAACAUAUGAAAAAAGAAAGAAUCAUAGAUGCAUCCAUGAUAAGACCAGGUGAUAUCCUUUUGACUUCAGAUCAUAAACAUGUAAUUGUAAAAUAUGCCCAUGCUAUCAAAAGCGAUCAAAGUCCGGACCGUGUCAGUUUGGAGGUAGUACAUGCUUUAAGUUAUUUACUCGUCUCAAAAAGAGUGGUUAAAAGUACUUUUGCUUUUUCGUCACAAGAACCUAUCAUUAGGGCGUGUACAAAGAGUCAAAGAGAAAGCGAAAUAGUCCGCCCAAAUAUUGAUGCGGUCGUUCGAUUAGUUGGACAAAUUUUGCUAUUACGAUCCAAAUAUCCUUAUUGGUUGCUUCCGAACUCUUGCGAUCUGUUCGAUGUUACAAAACGGAAAUUUGAUUCCAUUAGAAAUGUUAAACCUGGUGAUAUCAUAUUAUUUACUUACCACGGAUUAUACAAGAAAGGUCUGAUUACCAGCAAGAUUUCAGCACCAAACAACAUUCUUCAGGUUCAACUUUAUUACACUGACAACGAAGGAACGGUGUCAGAAACUACUAGUUCGUACAAUUUGGAUAGCACACAAAUAAUUCGGUAUGCGUACAAUGAUUUGGAUUCCGUUAUGAGGAAAAGAAUACUCUUUACAGCAGAACAAAUGAAAGGAAAUUGUUUAUUCAAAGGAUCAAUCUUCAAGUCCUUAAAGUUUGUACUCGGAUGUAUGUCCGGGGAUUUUCUAUUGAAAAGACAUAUUGCGAUCUUCAUUGGUUUUAAUGAAAUUAAAUUGAAAACAAGUGCCUUUCCAAGAAUUGAAAAUAUUGAAAGAUGGAUGAAAUCAAACUCCUGCGAUAAAAUACCUACGACAAUAAAGAUUCCCGAGUUAAUUAUGGGUACAACUGUAUUUGUUCUGUCAAGCACAGAUGGGGAAUCAAAACCAGUGUUUCUGUAUGACGACAAACACAUCAUCAAAACAAAGACGGAAACAUUCACAUCUCCUUCAACAGGAAAAGAAAAACUGUUAUGCCGCCGCAGUGCCAGUCAAUCAAAAGGAGAACCAGUAUUCGUUGUCUGUGUAUUAAAAACUGAUGAAAAGGGACAGUUAACAAAACAGGAUUUUACUCUGGUUGACUUAUCAAACGAAAUUACAGAGGAUUGUGCAGACAUACUAUACAUCAUUCCAAAAUCACAAAACAACCAACACGACACACGUAGAAUUGUAAGCCAAACAAUAAAAGAGCGACUUCAGACAACGCCACAUGCUUUAUACUGCAAUGUUUUCUUUGAAGAGGAUUCUGAUAUCAGGAAGAGAAUUGCUCUGUUUGCUGAACAGCGAGUUAACAAAGCUGUUCGAGAGCACAACCGUACCCUUUCAUUAAUGCACAUAGAAAAGCCAUUGAACGGAAAAGAUGCAAAUACAAAUUUGUAUGAUUAUGCACAAAAAAUUAAGAAACUUGAAUCUUUUUUCACGAAAGACACAACAGACCACUACUUAUACCACAAACUUGAAGUCUUGCUUCAAAGAAAUAAAGAUGUCUCAGCAUUUUCAUUAAAUGACGGACAGAUGCAAAUUUUUACCAUAGAAGAGGAAUCCGUUCGUCGUUAUAUUAGGGAAUUUUGUCCGAAAGACAUUUGUGACUUUACCUUAAAACCAUGGGCAGGUAAACCAAAAGUAGCCAACUAUAAUUUAAAACAAGGCAGCAAAAUCAAUAGAACAACGGAUCACAGUCAGAAUUAUGGAACCCUAGGCUUUUUCGUACGUGACAGCGAGGGAUGUAUUUACUUUACGACAUGCGCACAUGUAAUUUCACAACAUACUGACGCCUACACCGACACAACUCAAUCCGCAGUUGGAAAAAGUGUAUUUGCUACUGAUCUGUCGAGUGCCUCAAUUACCGAAAGUCUCGACUUGUCACUGGUAAAGGUUUACGAAGAAAAGGUUGAAGAUUGUCGAUUUGGAUUGCGAGAUGCUAGGGACAGGUUUGUAACUGGAACAGUUACACUUGCACACGACAGUGAAAUGAAAAACAUGGAAGUAUAUAAAUGGGGAGCAAAAUCAAGUUUGACCACAGGAACUUAUAAAGGAUCAAUUUUUGUGAAGGAGGGUGAGGAAUUUAAAAAUCGUAUACACUUUAUACAAAGUAAUCCAAGAAAUGCGGAGUUUGCAGAAGAAGGCGAUAGCGGUUCUUUGAUUUGUUUUGAAGCGACGGAUUCACCACAACUACCUGGAGAAUCAGCAGCCUUUAUUUUUGUUGGGAAGUGCUUAAGUGGCAAAGAAUGUUUUCCCGAAGAUUUUAAAGAAAACGACAUUUUCGCAGGGCUUGGCUAUCAUGUAAACGAUGUCUUUGAGUGCAAAGUCCGUAAUCUAAAUCCUAUGCUUACACCACGGAAUGACAAUGGCUCUGUUCAACAAGGAACUGGAAUACAGAAUUAAUCUAAAGACAAAUUUGUUUGAAUAUAACUUUUUCUACUUAUAAAUCUGAAACAUUCAAAACAAGGUUAAAAGACGAUUAUUUUCAGACUAGUUUAGCGCAACACCAUUACACAUAACCUCAUUACACUGAAAGAUCACAUGGUGACAUUAUUUUAAUCAUACAAAUUUGAAACUCAUUUGAUAAAUAUUUUUUUUUUUAA